AUGACCUCUCGAUUGGACCCCGCACGAGGAUCAAAGGAAGAGGAAGACGAAGGGGAGGAUUACAUGUCGAUGGUGAUCGAGGAACCAGUGCAGAAGGAAACUUUUGCGCAGAAGAAACGCCGUCUACAACGCGAGGCAGAAGCCCGCGCCAAAGUCCCCUCCAAAGCCGAACGCGCUGCCCAAGAAAGCGCUCGUCGCGAUGUCGCCCUCUCCACGAGCACCCUAGAUCCCUCCAACAAAGGCUUUCAGAUGAUGGCCAAGCUAGGAUUCAAACCUGGUCAGGCCCUAGGUAAAGAACCGACCGACAAUCAAGCCCCCGACCACGACCAAGACCAGGGCCGCAACCACGACUCCUCGUGUCCAUCGCGCGUCGAGCCUCUCAACCUCGUUUUCAAAGAAGGUCGCGGCGGCAUCGGUCUGGACAGCGAGAAGAAACGCAAGUUCCGCGAACAGGCCGAAGAUGCCGUCAAGAAAGUCAAGCAGGAAGAAGGGGAUUAUCGCGAUCGCGUCCGACUGGACCGGGAGACGCGACACACUGAAGCACAAUUCCAGGCGGCGCAGAAGGUGGCUGAACGCUUGGAUACCGAGGCAGAUGCAGACACAGACGCAGACGCCGACAGCGACGGUCGCACCAAGGUCCGGCCCACGAACCAGAUCAAUCUGCUGUAUCGGGGGCUGGUGCGAGACCGCGAGGAACGAGAGCGAUCGCUACAUGAGCGGCAUCGUCUGCAGUCCGAGCUGCCUUCGUCCUUCUUCCCCAGUCCGCGCUUGCCCGGCUACGACGAUGCCGCCCUCGACGGCGACGACCAAGAAGCUCUGGGCCGGAAACCCCUCGACCUCUCCUCCAUCCUCGAGCAGGAAGUCGACCAGGAGGAUCCGGAGCUGGACGAGUUCAAUGCCCUGGAACCGAGCGAACGGCUGGCCCGCAUCGUGCGGUAUCUACGCGAGACGCAUCGCUACUGUUUCUGGUGCAAAUUCCGCUAUGGCGACGAUGCGAUGGAGGGUUGUCCUGGACUCACCGAGGAGGACCACGAUUAA